AUGUCUAAAGGGGCGCUAGCACAUCGAAUUGAAGACUUGGAAGCUCGGCUGGCUGCAGCGAUAGAGGGAAAUGCACCCGAUGCCGUAGAAGGCCCUCAAGAGACCGCAGGGGUGUCCGGAAAUACCUCGCUGCGUCCUCCAGGCAUGAAGAAGCGUCAUUUAGGCGACGGAGUCCGCUUUUUGACCUUGUGCCAUGAAGAUAGCCAAGAACCAACUUACCUCGGGCCAUCCUCCGGUCUCUCAGUGGCGGAGAAUAUCAGUCGAAUAGUUCACGACACGGUCGGAAUGAAAUUGUUGCCCAUCAAUGGGUGCAAUCAGCAGCCCGAAGCGAUAUUACCAAACACCAACGAAACCAAAGCUGAUCCUCCCGAUGACACAGUAGGAUCUCAAAUUCUCGAUGCGUAUUUCAAAAACAUGCACGUGCGACUCCCAUUUUUGGAUCAAAUCGAGAUUUAUCAAUCGCACGCCAGAAGACACCAGCCCCCUGAAGCUACCCUAGAAGCGCAGUUUGUUCGAUUCAAAUUAUACAUGGUCUAUGCAAUCGGAGCUGCAAUAUGUCAAAUGACAGAAAUGUAUGACUCGACAACUCCUAAUGCAUUUCUGAUCGCCGCACUACAGUUCGAUCCGACCCUCAGGGAAUCUAUUUCGGUUGGAAGCAUAGAGGCAACGCUUCUGCUUGCUCUAUACAACCUUCGGUCGAACUCAAACUCGAGUGUCUGGUAUAUGAUUGGACUGGCAAUGAGAACCUGCGUGGACUUUGGAUUACACAGAGAGGCUUGUUAUCGAAGAAUCGGCCCUCAUGAAGCGGAGUUGCGACGCCGGCUUUUUUGGAGCGUUUAUCUCAUGGAGAGAUACACGGCCUCAUCAUCGGGAAGACCUUUUAGUAUUGCUGAAGAGGAAAUUGAUGCUGCACCUCCGUCAAAUUUAGAGGAUUCGAUGGACAGUGAUGAUAUGAUUAAUAGGAUGUUCAAUUAUCCUUCAAGCAGUCGAGGAAUACCACAGACGGCAAGACUUGGAAGAUUCAUAGCCUUGAUUCAACUGCAACGAAUAGUGUCUCGAAUACAUACACGCAUCUACCGCGUCGACAAGCAUAUCUCCACUUUACUUCCGGACAUCGCUCCUCUCCUGUCUUCUUUGCUGGAGUACAAAGAGACUUUGCUAUGCCUUGACGUACAAGAGGGAGAUUUUGUGCAUAUGCACUGGCACAACUCUAUCCGCAUACUCCUACAACCCUUCUUGGGUAUCCUGCAUCCUCAAGACAAACUUAUGAGCGAUUGCCUCUUUUCCUCGGGACAGAUGUGUCAGAUUUUCAAGAAGAUGCGACAAAGAGACUCUUGCGGCUACUCGUUUCUACUCGUCAAUUCAGUCUUCAUGGCCGGUCUCACGAUGUGCUUUUGCGUAUUUCGAUCUCCCGGCCUUUGGACUCCAAAUGUGUCAAAUGAUCUCCGUGCCUGUUCCUCGGCAUUGUUUUCAAUGGCUGAGCGGAACCAAAGAUUAAAGCGUUACCGCGACGGGCUCGAAACAAUCAUUAACCGAGCGGUAGAUUUUGUUCAAAGAGCAUCUGAAGCGCAGCAAUUAAACCUAGGCGGCAGUAUUACACAGAACCCUAUUGGACUCGGGCAGCCAUUGCAGGUGGCCACUCCACCAGAAGCCACACAGAGUCUCGAGUCUCAUAUGCAACCUCUCCAGCAGCCCAAUAACGCCUGCGGCGUAGGUCCUGAGUCUUUCGACUUUCCCGUUCCCGAUCUCUUUCAGGAUCUUCAAGAUCUUCCAAUCAAUUUACAGAACAGUCUGCCUUGGGGCAAUGCGGAUAUUAGGCAUCCCUUUGAUGGUAUUUUCGCCGAUAAUUUAUGGGUUGGCGAUGAUUUACCCAUGUUAGACGGAUUUGAGCAGCAAUAUUGA